AUGAAACGUCAAAGAAUCCGACCGUUCACAAGAGAUAUUCUGACCGAACUUGCUCAGAAAAUCAACAAGAACUCAAAAAAUGGACCGGGAAUGGGCGAAAUUUCUGUUGUUAGAAUAGAGAUGGAACAUGAGCAAGAAAACCUCCAAUCGGAGUCGGAUUCUACAGAAUACGAAGAUGAAGAGGAAUCUUAUGAUGAUUCAAAAGAAACAGAAGAAACAGAAGAGGAAGACGAGAUUUUCGAAUCCGAAAAUGUAGAAAUGAAUGUUAGAGAUUCACUGUGGCGAUUUCUCUCCGAUGUCGAUCUUCGGAGAAUGCAUUUCUUACUUACUACAACUCACUCAAAAGCUGCUGUUUGUCUCUAUUUCGACAUUGAAUGUAUUGAAAAUGAAGAAAGCAUGAAAAAAUUGUUGCUUGGUGAAAGCCAUCUGAAGACAAUUGAAGCGUGUGCAGUUUGUGCUGAGGACUUGGAAAAAUGUAAAUGCAAAAAAGCACCGAAGAAGUGUAAAAUAACUUUUAUGAACUUGCACGAGAAAAUUCAAUCAUUUCUUCGAGCGUACGGACAAACUAUUCGUGAAACUCAUGUGAAGGUUGCUCGAGGGGAAACGACUUCAUCUACAUUAUCGUUUGAGAUUUUCUGAUUUCAAUUGAAAUCAUAAAAUAUUGUCAACAGCAAGCAUGUUCCCAGUAUACUCAUCAUUUUAAUCAAAUUGUUAGUGAAAAAAAAUAUUGAAAAAAUAAAAUGUUAUUCUCUCUU